AAUUCUGGGAUCUUCAAUGGCUGGAGAAGGAGUGACCAGAAGACAGAGAUGAGUUUUAACACUAUUCUAGAAGAGAUUCUUAUCAAAAGGUCACAGCAGAAAAAGAAGACAUCGCCCUUAAACUACAAAGAGCGACUUUUUGUACUUACCAAGUCCAUGCUCACCUACUACGAGGGUCGUGCAGAGAAAAAAUACAGAAAGGGGUUUAUUGAUAUUUCAAAAAUCAAGUGCGUGGAGGUAGUGAAGGAUGAUGACAGCGCCAUCCCCUGUCAGAAUAAGUAUCCAUUUCAGGUUGUUCAUGAUGCCAACACGCUUUACAUUUUUGCACCCAGUAUGCAAAGUAGAGACCAGUGGGUGAAGAAAUUAAAAGAAGAAAUAAAGAAAAACAAUAAUAUUAUGAUUAAAUAUCAUCCUAAAUUCUGGACAGAUGGAAGUUAUCAAUGUUGCAGACAAACUGAAAAGUUAGCACCUGGAUGUGAGAAAUAUAAUCUUUUUGAAAGUAGUAUAAGAAAAGCCCUACCUCCAGCACCAGAAACAAAGAAGCGAAGGCCUCCUCCACCAAUUCCGCCUGAAGAGGAAGAGGGCAGUGAGGAAAUUGUGGUGGCAAUGUAUGACUUCCAGGCCACAGAGGCACAUGAUCUCAGACUGGAGAGAGGCCAAGAGUAUCUCAUAUUAGAAAAGAAUGACGUUCACUGGUGGAGAGCAAGAGACAAGUACGGGAGUGAAGGAUAUAUCCCAAGUAAUUAUGUAACAGGAAAGAAAUCAAACAACUUAGAUCAAUAUGAAUGGUAUUGCAGAAAUAUGAACAGAAGCAAAGCAGAACAGCUCCUCAGAAGUGAAGAUAAAGAAGGUGGUUUUAUGGUAAGGGACUCCAGUCAGCCUGGCUUGUACACAGUCUCCCUUUAUUCAAAGUUUGGAGGAGAAGGCACAUCGGGUUUCAGGCAUUACCAUAUAAAGGAAACAGCAACAUCUCCAAAGAAGUAUUACCUAGCAGAGAAGCAUGCUUUUGGAUCGAUUCCUGAGAUUAUUGAAUAUCACAAGCACAACGCAGCGGGACUUGUCACAAGGCUGCGGUACCCGGUUGGCGUGAAGGGACAGAGUGCACCUACCACCGCGGGAUUCAGCUACGAGAAGUGGGAAAUCAACCCCUCGGAGCUGACCUUCAUGCGGGAGUUGGGGAGUGGACUGUUUGGGGUGGUAAGGCUGGGCAAGUGGAGGGCCCAGUACAAGGUCGCCAUCAAGGCCAUCCGGGAAGGUGCCAUGUGUGAGGAGGACUUCAUAGAAGAGGCCAAGGUGAUGAUGAAGCUGACACACCCCAAGCUAGUGCAGCUCUAUGGGGUCUGCACACAGCAGAGGCCCACCUACAUUGUCACGGAGUUCAUGGAGAGGGGCUGCCUCCUGAACUUCCUGCGGCAACGACAAGGUCACCUGGGCAGGGACGCCCUGCUGAGCAUGUGCCAGGACGUGUGUGAGGGCAUGGAGUAUCUGGAGAGGAACAGCUUCAUCCACAGGGACCUGGCUGCCCGGAACUGUCUAGUCAAUGAGGUGGGAGUUGUGAAAGUGUCUGAUUUUGGAAUGGCCAGGUACGUUCUGGAUGACCAGUACACUAGCUCUUCCGGUGCCAAGUUCCCUGUGAAGUGGUGUCCCCCUGAAGUGUUCAACUACAGCCGCUUUAGCAGCAAGUCUGACGUCUGGUCCUUCGGUGUCCUGAUGUGGGAGGUGUUCACCGAGGGCCGGAUGCCCUUCGAGAAGUUCACCAACUACGAGGUGGUGACCAUGGUCACUCGGGGCCACCGACUCUACCAGCCGAAGCUGGCAUCCAGGCCCGUGUACGAGGUGAUGCUGCACUGUUGGCAGGAGAAGCCAGAGGGGCGGCCAUCUUUUCAUGACUUGCUGUGCACGAUCGAUGAACUGGUGGAGAGUGAGGAGACCUUCGGACGGUGAGGGCAGCGACUCUGGCCCCACAGCAUGGGUGGAGGGCCACUGCCGACCUGGAUCCACCUGACACCUGGACGUGCACGUGGCUUGGCCUAUGAAGUGGAAAAACCCGAGGAACUUGAGCCCGCCCAGCCCAGCCUUCGCACUGUGGCUGAAUCUUCCAGAUGGCGUAGCCGCUUAGGGAUGGGUACUGAAAACACCCAUUUCCACCCAAAUCUCAGGCACUUGAGGGCUGAUCGUGCACCUGUGCCCCAGGGUGUGGCCGCUGAGGGGGUGCACAUGGGACCAUGUAGCCGCGGGCCAGGGUGCUGGGGAGGGAAAGGGCAUUGGAGCCAGGUUCCACUCUUCCUUCCCCUGACUCCUGCAGAAAUUGGGGCCUGGGAUGUGACCUGGGGUCAGGUUCCAGGGAACCAGGAACCCCCAUGGAUAAGCCCAUCUUGUCUGGGAAACGUCUCUGUUCAAGACUGUUCUUAGUGUUACAUCUUGGAAUAUGUGUAUGCUGUAUAUGUUGUAAAUACACAUGUAAUAUAUAAAGUUAUAUAUUUAUAAGAAA